AUGUAUAUGUAGUGUUUUUCAGAUUAUCAGAGAGGAAGAGAAUGCUGAGAAGGCUAAUGAACAGGCUAGAGAAGAAAUUCAAGCUCGAAAAGGUGUUUUACUGCCGCCACAGGAAAGUAAUGAAGGGGCCGGAAAACCUCGGGCAGAUAGAAAUAUGCUCAAUGUUUAUGAGCUGCUGCCUUUUGACGACCCUGACGGAGGUGUUUGGAAACAAGGUUGGCCCGUAACGUAUGACACGGGGGAAGUUCCAAAACAAAAGAAGUUGGAGGUUGUUGUGACUCCACAUUCACACACUGAUCCUGGAUGGAUCAAAACAUUCGAAGCUUAUUAUCAUGAUCAAACUAAGAAUAUCUUGGAUGCAAUGCUAACGUAUCUGCUCAUGUUUAAGGACAUGCGAUUUGUUUAUGCCGAAAUUAGCUUUUUUGAACAGUGGUGGGCAGGUCUCGAUGAGGAGGCGCGCGAGAAUGUGAAAAAGUUAAUAAAAAGUGGCAGUUUGGAGAUUUUAACUGGUGGUUGGGUGAUGACCGAUGAGGCUAACGCUCAUUAUUUUUCGAUGAUUACUCAGCUUAUCGAAGGCCACGAAUGGAUUCGUAAUCAUCUUGGAGAGGAAUAUUUACCCGUUAACCAUUGGUCUAUCGACCCAUUUGGUCUGAGUGCGACACUGCCGUAUUUAAUCGCUCGUGCCAAUUUGUCGAACGCGGUAGUUCAGCGCGUUCACUAUUCUGUAAAGAAGUAUUUUGCAAAAGAAAAGAAGUUAGAGUUCAAGUGGAGGCAGAUGUUUAGUAAGGAUGAUUUAUUGACCCAUAUGAUGCCAUUUUUUUCGUAUGACGUCCCUCAUACUUGUGGCCCAGAUCCAAAGAUAUGUUGUCAGUUCGACUUCCGCCGUUUGCAAGGCGGUGGAGUUACUUGUCCUUGGAAUGAGGCUCCUGUUAUCAUUAGUGAAGAAAAUGUCGCUGCACGGGCAGAAAUGUUGUAUGAUCAGUACCGUAAGAAAGCACAGUUAUUCAAAACUAAUGUUCUUUUUGUACCACUCGGGGACGAUUUUCGCUACGAUAUAGAUUUUGAGUGGAAGCAACAAUAUUCAAAUUAUAAGAAGCUCUUCGAUUAUAUGAAUGCAAAGACUGAGUGGAAUGUUCAUGCUCGUUUCGGGACACCAAAUGAGUAUUUUAAAUUAAUGAGAGAGCGACUACGAGAAGAUAAUGACAGAUUGCCAGUGCUUACUGGGGACUUUUUUACGUAUUCUGAUAGGAAUGAUCAUUAUUGGAGCGGUAACCAUUUUAUAAGCAUAUGGACCGAACAGUACAGCAUUUUUUAUAAUGCAUUUUCUUCGUCCGGAGAAAUAUUCAGUCCCCUUGUGGUAGCAAGACGUUAUGCUAGUCUUUUCCAGCAUCAUGAUGGAGUGACUGGAACUGCAAAGUCGCAUGUUAUGACAGAUUAUGGAGAAAAGUUAGUGUUUCUGUCUACCAUAUUUCAAAUUUUUAUUGUAAGUGUUUUAUUUUUGGUUUUAGGAAGAUACAGUUUCAGGGAAAUAAUCCUUUUCAACUCAUUGGCUCAAGAACGACAAGAAGUAGUAUGUGUAUACGUAAAAUCAGCGAACUCAAAAGUAAAGCGGUCUAGUGAACCUGGCGUGGAAGUCCUACAGCAAAUCAGUCCAGUUAUAGAAGUUGAGGGAAACCAAGCGGUUGUUAGUCGUGAGAAAUUUGAGGUUAUUACUUUCUUGUUAUGCAUUAAUUUUACGAAAUUGAAUAAACAGUGGAACACAGUUGAUAAACAUAACUACACAAACAUUUCUUUUAACAUAUUAAACAGAAAGCUAGUUUCACUUGAACAUUCAGCCACAGUUUAUUUCAACACACCUUAUAUUCAACUAGAAAAUUAUGUCGAAAUCGUCGAAAACAAGAAUUUUGAAUUUGCAAUGCGCUUAAAAUCGGACAUUCAAAAUGGAGAGUAUUUAGCGACUGACUUAAAUGGCUUUCAGAUGGUGAGGCGUCGCCGAUUUUCUAAGCUGCCGCUGCAGGCUCACUUUUAUCCUAUGCCUGGGACAGCGUUUAUCGAAGAUAAUGCAAGGCGUUUGUCUUUGUUAGGCGCUCAAGCUAAUGGAGUCGCUAGUUUGGAAUCGGGCUGGCUGGAGGUGAUGUUAGAUAGAAGAUUACUGCAAGACGACGGCCGGGGAUUAUUUUCUCCGGUUGUCGAUAAUAAAAGAACACGAAGUAUAUUUCGGUUGCUUUUGGAAUCUUUAGCAGAACCCGAAGAAGGGGAUAAAUCACCCAUUUGUUUCAAUUCUUUACCAGCGCACCAAUAUUCUCUUCAGCUGCAUUAUCCUGUGAUUUCAUUUUUUGCUAACCAGGAUGAAUGUAAUUCACCUCUUCCGUGUGACUUACACAUUGUUAAUCUACGCACAAUGGCUGCUCCCACUGUGUACGGUAGUGAAUCGUCAAGGAGUUAUUUAGCUAGCAGUUCUCAAGCCUUAAUAGUUCAUCGACUUGGUAUUGAUUGUCGGUCCAAAACUGAUUUCCGAAACAGUUGUCCAGCAAACAGUGGGAAACUGAAACCUCUGUCGCUGCUUGUACUGCCUCCAAAGCGUGUAGUCGAGACAAGUUUAACUCUGUUAUACGAGAAGUUAAACAACAACAGCAAUGAUGAAUUUGAUGUCAUGCCUAUGGACAUUAAGACCUUCAAAUUAGAUUUUAGUUGA